AUGGCGUCUAAUGCAUCAACCUUUUCAAAUGUUGACGAUCCCAGAGAAAUAUUAAUAGAAUAUGGUGAUCAACGAAGACCGAUUAGUUUUGCGCAUGAUAAUGAUCUAAACACCAUACAGCGAGAAAUAAAUAAUCGUUUCGAAAUUAAUAUCGAACAAAUGAAUUUGCAAAUACAAUGGUAUGAUGAUGAAUUUAAAGAAUUUGUUGAUCUAGAUAAUGAAGCAUGGCCAAAAUAUAAGAAGAACCAAGAGUACGAGAGAAACAAAAAAUCUACGGGCUCACAACAGCGUUUAAAACUGGUGCAUAAAGGGUUACUACAACAGCAUCAUAAUAUAACAGAACAACAGCAAAUCGGCACAGAGAGAGCGCCAGUGCAUCGACCAACUGAAACGACAGAGCAGAAGAAUGAUUCUCAACAUUGGGAUCAGAUACUAGAAACAUUAAGAUGGGUAUUACCACUUUUUGCUGUUUUUGCAUACAUUGGCGAUGCUGUAUGGCUUACGGUUGUGUAUGAUCCAGAGAGUGAAGAACAACAGAAUUAUGCUGGACUUACCUCUACAAUAUUUAUACUCUUUUACUAUUUACAAUACGAUGUUAAAAUUGAUAGUGAACGUCGAAAACUGUGGAUUCCUUAUCAAACUAUUCUUUUUUUAGCGAUUGAAGCUGGUGAUAUACUUUAUAUUGUCUACUAUCGAUAUCGUGAACGUGAUUUAGGACUAAUGAUUGUUUUUAUUAUAUAUACUGUCAUUGAUGCUGGAUUUGUUAUUUGUGUUGGUUAUCUAAAAUACAAGCGAAAACUUCAUGUAAAAAUGGAGAUAACUAAAGAAGCUUUCUUUCAUUUAAUGUCACGAUUAGAAGUACUAUUGAUUGUUUUAAUACCAUUAUAUGCAAAUUAUGAUGUUAUAAGUACAAAUUCAAUUGCAUUUUUUAUACUUAAUGUUGUCAUGACUAAAAAUGCUAUGGGCAAUGAAUAUUCAGCACUGUUAAAUGCAGCACUUGGCAAUGCUUUGGGUAUAUUUAUAUCACCGGCUCUUGUCUUCUAUUUUAUGAGUAAUCCUAUUGUUAAUUCUUUGCCAAAUAGUUCUAGCAGUGGAAAACAAACAGCAUGUGUUGACCAACGUAAAUUAACACGUGUUUUCACAUCGAUGGAAUCACUUGUCGAAGUAUUCAAGCAACAUGUUUCUCUUGCUAAUUAUAAUUUGAUACCCAUCAGUGUUCUACCAACGAUUUCACUUCAACAUUUGAACGAUAUUGAUUGGUCAUUUACUUUUAUAUAUCUCUUGAAAGAACUAUUAUUAACAAUGGACAAUAGUAAAGCGGAAAAGAAAGAAUUUGUGAAUCUCUGUCGAAAAUAUUUCAAAGCUAAUCCUUUGGGUUUAAAUAUAAUCGAUGAAUUUCAAAAAACUUAUCAACAAACAUCAGCAAUCCAAUGGUAUACACGCGAAGAUUUUAUCUAUUCAGUUUGGAACAAAGCAUUGAGAAUAGAAAACAUGCAAAUGAUCAUGCAUAUGGUUUUCUUUGCUCAAGAUCUCUAUCGGCAGAUCGUACAAAUACACACUGAUAUGAAACGUCAAAACUCCAUAUCGGUCUUUCACGGACAAGGUCUAUCAAAAACGACGCUUAAUAAACUUCAGCAAAAUAAAACUGGUCUUAUAUCAUUUAAUACGUUUCUAGUAACUCAUGCCAGUGGACAAGAUGCUAUAGAUUGGGCUCGACGAUCGUAUGAUCAUGGUUCGGAUUUCGGUAUUGUUUUUCAGAUGGAAGUCGAUACAUCGACACCUAUCAUUCCAUUGAACGGAACAGACUCUAAAUCAGAUUCGAAUAGUAAAUUCCUUCUUCCGUUACAUUCGACUUUUCGCAUCCGAGAAAUAAAAUCUAUUGGCGAACAGCUAUGGCAAAUAAAUUUGACUUCGAUCAAUACAAACGAUCAAUCAUUUGCUCGCUUCAAUCAUUUUAUUGAUCAAGAAGUUUGUGGAUCGACUGCCUUGAGUCGUUUAGGUAAUUUUCAUUUGAAAAUGGGCAAGAUCAAUGAAGCUAUUGAACUCUACUUGAUUAUGUUAGAAAUCACAUCGGACAGAGAAAACCAAUUACUUGCUCAUAUUCAUCAUCAACUUGGUUAUCUCUAUAAUGAAAUAUGUGAUUUGACUAAAGCACGAAUUCACUAUGAAAAAUCGAUUCAACUCUAUUUAACAUAUCUGCCAGCGAAUGAUCCGUCCCUUUCGAAUUCUUAUUCGAAUCUUGCCGUUGUUCUCAAACGGCAAGGCGACCUUGUUGGAGCAAUGAAAUAUCAUCAACAUGGAUUGAGUAUUGAUUUGAAAGCACCUCAACCUGAUUACGAACAAAUUGCUACUCGAUACAAUAACAUUGGUGUUAUCUUGCGAGAUCAAAAUAAAUAUAGUGAAGCACUCGAUUACUAUCAACGUGCUCUCAAAAUUGAAUUAGAACACUUGCCACCCACACAACCAAUUCUGGCGACGACUUACAACAAUAUUGCGGACAUUCAUCGUCUACAAGAAAAUUUAGCAGCGGCACUUGAAUUUUAUCAAAAAACUUUAGCUAUCGAACAGAUUAUUUUCUCAAUGAAACAUCCGUCAUUAGCUAUUACUUAUUUCAAUAUCGCAGUGACAUUAGAUGGAAUGAAUCAAUUGAACGAAGCAAUCGAGCAUGCAUCAAAAGCACUAGAAAUCAAUCAGCAUAUUUUCGGUUCUGAUCAUGAGGAAACAAUUGAAAAUCAAGCAUUGCUCGAUAUGUUACGCAGUAAAAGGAGUGGGGACAGUUCGUAG